CUCAUCUUAUAUCUCAGUCCUCAGACGCUAACCAUGGUUUCAACAGGCAACUAGGCAAGUCGCUACAAGUAUCGGAGAGCUGUCUGCUGUAUCAUGGCGCACGUGCAUCGAUUGUAUGAUAGCAUGAUAAAUUCUGUGGUGAUACAAUGAUAGUGAUAGUGAUGAAUGAUAAUUGACUAAAACAUGACAAGUGUUGAAGUGUGAGAUUUUAGUAGUCUAAGGAGUGAGGAGGCGGACUUGCUUUAACGCUUUCAACUUUUCAAGUUAACCAAUUUUUAUGAUAAAUAUUGAUCAUGCAUAUAUGUGAUAUAUGUAAUAACGAUUUUAGUCUCAGAAAAAAUUUAAAAAGGCACAUGGAGAAUGUACAUAAGACAACUUUAGCUUCUACUUCAAAGCAUAGCAUUACUACCUCUACUACCUCUAAAGAAUCCAAACACAAAUGUCCUUUAUGUCAACUUGCAUUUGUUGAAAGAAGUUCACUUAGACGACAUGAACGUAUAAAACAUAAAGUCAACAUCACGGCUCCCUUAAGAAUCAAAAAAUCUAAUAAUUGCAUAACAUUUGAGCCCAGCAAUUUAGAAGAUUACCCAUUACUGAAGAACUUAGUACCUGUAGAUUAUGUUUACAAAGUGAUAUGCAUACAACAUUUCGAAAAUGAUGGAUUGAGAUCAACAUUUGAGAUUGCUGAUUGUGCUGUGGAUGUAUUUUUUGUGUGGUUUUCAGAAUUAGAACAAAAAUCUAAGGUUACCUACAGAGUUAAAUCGUUCACUAAGUCACCAAGCUCAAAAAUUAUAUUUAAUAAAGUAUAUAGAUGCAUUCAUAAUACAUUUCCCAGUAAGUAUCGAAAUCCUCAUCCAAAGCACACAGGAUGCCUAGCCACAUUAACUGUAAGAAUAAAAAAAUGCAGUGAAGCUUUAUCUGUUAAAAAUACAAUGGCUGAUAAUAAUGUGAUAAUGAUCCCUCUUAAAGCAAUUGUGACACUCUAUCAUCGUCAUAAUCAUAUGCUGGUAGAAAAUGAGAAACUAAAAAAAAUACAAAAAAUACAGUGUAAAGAUACUUCUAUGAAGAUUCACGCAGCAGAAAAUAAAUUAAAUAAAAUACACUUUGAUAAGUGUAACAGUCCACAGAAAAAUACAACAUUAAGUACUUCUCAAGUAUCUAUCAAAAGUAAUAAAAUCAAUACUUGUACAAUGGAACCGGUUAAAAAGCUUAUAAUUGAUGAUAAUAAAAUAAUAGAGCCUAUUGAAAAUGAUAUUUUUGAAUCUUCUGAAGAAUAUGAUAAAUACAUUUUAGUUGAAAAUGUACAUACACAAAAUUUGUUGCAUGAUAAUAAUGAGAGUGAAUUAGAUCAAUUAAUGUCUGAUUAUGAUACAGUUACUAAAAGAAUUUUGCAACAAUUUGCAUCAAACCCUGAUUAUUUUAAGUCUGCAAUUAAACACUACACAUUAUUAUUAAAAAAUAGUUUGACUUCUAAAGAGUCUUUAUUAAAUACAUUGCAUUCAUUUGGAGAACAAUUGAAAGAAAAAACUGAAUAAUAUUCAAAUGUUCAAAUUGUUUGAAAAAUGUUAAUAUUGUGGACCAUUGUGGUCCAUAUUUAUGAAACAAUUUAAUUUUGUAAGAUUUAUUGAAAAAGUAACAAACAUAUGUUGCGUUUAAGAUUGGUAUAGUCAUCUCGUAUGUAUUAAAUGGACGUGCCAAUUUAAAUGAAUACUGUGUUAUACUGGGACAGUGGGUAAAAAAAAAAACGCGGCAAUAUCAUGUUGGCAAUGGUGCACACACGGACGCCAUCCAAUCGCCGUGUCUGUUAUUCUCGCCAAUCGCGUCGACUGUUAGACACUCUAUUCGCCAAUCAGCA